CUCGCCUGUAACUGUGCACAAUGGACAAGUUGGUGUUCCUGACGGCCGCGGCCCACCUCGUCUAUACGCCGUUCACAAAGGUCGAGGAGAGCUUCAACUUGCAGGCCAUGCAUGAUAUAUUAUAUUUGCGCAAUAAUUUCACACAAUAUGAUCAUCAUGAAUAUCCAGGCGUUGUGCCACGCACAUUCAUAGGACCGCUCAUCAUAUCGAUAUUGUCGGCGCCGUUUGUGCUGCUCUUCGAGUCGCUGAACAUCAAUAAAUUCUGGGCACAAUAUGUAGUGCGCCUUGUCUUGGCUGCAUCUAUUUCAUUUGCUUGGAACAACUUGCGUCGAGCUGUAACAAAGAUUUAUGGCGUCGAAGUUCGUCUGUGGUUUACGGCAAUUACCAUAUCACAAUUUCACUAUAUUUUCUACAUGACGCGUCCUCUGCCGAACGUUUUUGCACUGCCAUUUGUGCUCUAUGCAAUUGCUUAUUGGAUGCGUGGCCAAACGAAGCCCUUUAUCAUCUGUUCAGGCAUUUCUAUAAUUGUAUUCCGCUCCGAGUUGGCAAUUUUUUUGGGCUUGCUGCUUGCUUUGGACUUAUUACAGCAAAAGCUGUCCAUUGAUGGUUUGCUGAAGAUCGCUUUGCCAGCUGGUCUGUGUAUUUUGGCAAGCACAGUGUUGGUGGAUUCGUUCUUUUGGCGUCGCCUGCUGUGGCCCGAGGGUGAAGUGCUAUGGUACAAUACGAUACUUAACAAGAGCUCCAACUGGGGCACAUCACCAUUUUUGUGGUACUUUUACUCUGCUCUACCUCGUGCUAUGGGCGCUUCGUUGGCCUUUGUGCCCAUUGGCAUUUACUUUGAGAGGCGGCUAAGGCCCUUGGCUCUAUGUGCAGUGGCGUUUGUGUUGUUGUAUUCAAUACUGCCACACAAGGAGCUUCGCUUCAUAAUAUAUGUAUUUCCCGUUUUAAAUAUUGCAGCAGCGUGCGGUUGCGAACGCUUGUGGAUGAACAGGGCCAAAUCGGCUUGGCACAGCUUCCUGGCGAUCCUUGCUGUCGCACAUUUGCUAUUCAACAUGGUUAUGACCAUAUUCCUGCUAGUUGUUUCGGGCACUAACUAUCCAGGUGGAGCAGCGCUUUCUCGAUUACAUCGUCUGGAGGUGGCCAAUCCAAAUGUUUCGGUGCACAUUGCAAACUUAGCUGCGCAGAGCGGCGUAUCGCGCUUUAUGGAAAUAAAAAGUGAUUGGAUCUACAGUAAGGAUGAAACGAUGAACUAUACUCAAGCCGAAAUUGCGAACUACAGUCACUUGUUGGUGGAAGCGAAAAAUAAGAACAACGCGGAGCUGUGGGCAACGCUGCAGGAGGAUUUCGAAAUAUUGGAGUUUAUAGAUUGCUUCAAUAGCAUCGGCAUACAAUACAACUCCAUCUUGCCAGUGCGCAUCAAGACGAAGCCGUGCAUAGGCAUUCUGAAGAAGCGAUUAAAUGUGGAGAAGGCUUCUCGACAUCAAAAGAAGCCAGCAAAGGAUAAGGACUCAAAAGAAAGUCCAAAAAACAAACGCAAGAAAGACAAAAUUGAAGCAGGCGUUUCUAAGCAAUAUCAGGAUAUGUCUUUAGUGGAAGACGAAACUAAAGUUAUUAUAAAAGAACCCGAGCCGAUUGAGAUCCCCAAACAAAUGGCAGGUUUAGAAGACGAUGACGAUGACGAUGGAAUAGUAGCUACUGUGGAAGAAACAUCAUUGGAACAGAAUGCAGAUGGAAUUGAAGCAACUAAAGAAAUCAAUUUUCAGGAGUUGCGUAAUCUUGCCUUAGACCAUACAACACGUAAAUCACGUGCUGCUACUAAACUCAAAAUACGAAAAAUAAUUGAACAGCACUACAGGUCCAAGGGAAGACCUAUCGAAAACGAUUCUGCGGAACAGCAUAAAACGACUGGGGCGCGCACUGGAAUGCGUCAAUCGGUAAAGUCAAUCAUUAAGCAAGAGAAGAUCAAAGAGAUGAUUGAACAGAUCGCCACCAUGGAUCUGACGCGCAUCUGCGACUUGGAAAAGACAUCGACAAAGGACUGUUUGAAGCAGGUUAUUGACAAGAUUGACGAUGGAAGCAUUAAAGCAAAUUGACAAAUGUAUUUACCCUUUUGAGUCUGGCCUUAUUAUUAGUAAAGCUUAAAUGAUAAUUUAUAAUAAAGAUAUUACCAAUGUUAAAUUCAA